UCCCAGGUACUCCUCUCCUCUCCUCUCCUCUCCUCUCCCCUGUUUAUGCUCUGUUUCCCGCCUUCCCCGCGCUUCCCGUUUCUGGGUCUCCCUUCUUUCCUCGCCUCGGAAUACCCUCGGUUCGUUUCGGCUUGGAGAUAAGCCUCCCUCGAUCCGGAGGAGGUCGUCGUCGUCGUCGUCGUCCCCCCGCCAUGGCGUCUUCGAGCCCCGCCUUCAACUCCGACCCCGACCCCGACCCCGCGGCCGAUGCCCACCGCAAGAAGCGGAGGAAAAUCGAAGCCGACGCCGAGGAGUCGGACCGGGAUAGGGGGCCGGCCGCGGGGAGCGAGAUCAGGUGGAGGUCACCCGCGCAGCAGCGGCUCUACUCCGCCAAGCUCGUCGAGGCCCUGUCACGAUCUCGCCGGAGCAGCAGCAGCUCCUCGUCCUCCUCCUCCUCCGCCGGCGGCGCUGAUGCGGAGCCCGCGGCGGCGGCGGCGGCGGCGGCGGCGCCUGCGCCUCCUUCGUCCGGGGCCGGGGAGGUCCGGGGGAUCGUGGACCGGGUCCUCGCGACGGCGGCCAAGGGGCGGACCCGGUGGAGCCGCGCGAUCCUGGCGAGCCGGCUGAGGAUGAGCCGGCUCGGCAAGCGCCACAAGAAGGCGAGGGCCCCGACCGGCCAUGCCUGGCUGAGGAAGCCGCCUCCGCCGCGGCCGGAGGGCGGGAAGCGGAGGCUGCCGGCCGCGGAGAGGCGGGUGAGGGUGCUCGGCCGGCUGGUCCCCGGCUGCCGGGGGAUCUCGGUGUCGAACCUCCUGGAGGAGACGAGCGACUACAUUGCGGCCCUCGAGAUGCAGGUGCGCGCCAUGACCGUCCUCACCCAGCUCCUCUCCGGCUCCCAGCCGCCGAGCGACCGCCUCGGCCUCGGCUCCGGCUCCGGCUGAGCCGGAAGAAGCCGCCGCCGCCGCCGCCGGCGUAAAGCUGGUGUCAUUAGUUGUAAUGUUUUUUCCACUUUUCCUUUUUCAACCUUUGUUUCUUCUUAUGAGAGGAUCAAAAUUUUCAUGUUAUUCUAUUCUAUUAUUAUUAUUAUUAUGUACAUGGCCUUUUCUUCUCUC